AUGCCUUGUUGCUGUGUCAUAGGAUGUCACAACAGAGCAGAAAAAGGGCACAAACUCUAUAAAUUGCCCCAAGGAAGUAAAAACAGCACCAGGAGGAGACAAUGGAUAGAAAAUAUCAAGAGAGAUCCAUUGCCACUGCAUGCAUAUGUUUGCCAAGAUCACUUUACGAACGAUCAGUUUGAACUGAGAAGAGCGGAUCAUAAGAAAUUAUUAAAAUGGAAUGCCGUUCCCACCGUAUUCCCUCAUAAUAAAACAGACAUGAACAGAAUGCCCAGGCAAACGGAAAUGGUCACAACUGCCCUUGACUGCAACGAUUUAUCGGAGGAGAUUAUCAUGGAAAACAUGAAGCUAGAAUCUAGAGUGAAACAAGAAAUAAAUGUCAGGAAUACUAGGAGUAACGGCGACUCGGACGAAGUAGCAGCUUUAAAGAGUGAACUGAAUUCCUCCCGCAAGCAAAUACGCACUCUAAAGACUAUUAUAUCCCAGCUGCAGGCGAUUAUAGAGAGAUUAGUAGACGAGAAUUACGUAGACGAAAUAAAUGAUCCCGUGUAA